UAACAGCUAACCAUUAUGCAAGGAGAACCCCAUUCUCCCCUGCAUGGUCACAAUAGAUGGUUCAGUCCAUUUUAUUGGCUUCUGCAUUUAAACCAGCUCCACCACCCUCAGUGGCUUCUUUCACCAAAACCAGGACUGGAGCAGCAGCCAGAGAUCAUGUCAGCUUUCGGUUUCCUCGCUUCGUUAUCAGAGGAUCAUUUCGUCUGUACGAUCUGCCUGAACGUCUUCAGUGACCCGGUCACUACACCUUGCGGUCACAACUUUUGCAGGACCUGCCUCAGUCAGCACUGGGACAGAAGUGAGUUAUGCCACUGUCCAACGUGCAGUAAAAGAUUCUAUGUGAGGCCCGAGUUCUCCACAAACACCGUCAUCGCAGAGAUUUCAGGCCAAAUCAAGAAGAGGAAGGUGGAGACACUUGAAGAUGUGGACGCACCGGGAAAAGUGAAGUGCGACGUGUGCGCUGAUUUACAGUUCAAGGCCUUGAAGUCUUGCCUGGUGUGUCAGAUGUCGUACUGCGAAGCCCAUCUGGAGCCUCACCAGAGAGUUCCCUCUUUAAUGAGACACGAGCUGAUCGAGCCGGUGGAGAAUCUGGAGGAGAGGAUGUGCAGGAAGCACGAGAGGAUAAUGGAGUGUUCCUGCAGAGAUGGUCAGGUGUGCAUCUGUCUGCUGUGCAGUGAGACAGACCACAAAGACCACAAGACAGUGCCUGUUAAAGAAGAAGGGGCUCAGCAGAGAGAAAAUAUUGAGUCUCAAAAAGCAAAGGUCAAACUGAUGAUUGAGGAGAGGAUGGAAAAGAUGAAGGAAUUUACAGAGUGCUCCGAACUGCGGAACGUAAAAGCAGACCAAGAGAUUGAGGAGAGCAAUACACUAUUCAGUAACCUGAUAAACAAAGUUGAAGAGAUGCAGGCAAAACUACAAUCAAACAUUCAAAUCAAGCUCAGAAAGUCACAAGAGAAAGACGAAGUGGUAAUUCAGGAGUUGCAUGACGAAAUCGCAGAACUGGAGAGAAAACACUCAGAACUGGACGAGCUUUCACAAAAUGAGGACCACCUGUGGCUCUUACAGACUUCGAAGGCUCUGAGCAAUAUUUCAGCCUCCAAGGAUUGGUCCAAGAUCAAGGUUUACUCAGACUUGGGUGUUCAGACGGCGAGGAGAGCCAUGGCUGAUCUUGUGCACACUUUCAAAACUGAACUGAAAACUCUCACAAAAGCAGAACUGACCACAAUGAGGCAAUAUAAAGAAUCAGUCACCUUUAACCCUUCCACUGCCGGUGAGGGCCUUGUGGUGACAGAAUCUGGGAAACGUCUGAAGUACUCCAGAGCAGCAAGCCUCUCGUCUGACUCUGGGAGGUUUGACUGUCCCAUGGCCUUUGGGACAGAGGGCUUCACCUCUGGCCGGCACUACUGGGAAAUCCAAGUGGCCCUGACAAAUGGCUGGGAUGUGGGUGUUGCCAAGGAAACUGUAAACAGAUCAGGAAAGGUUUUUUUGAAAAGAGAAAAUGGAUUCUUUGCCAUAGGAAAAAGGUUUUUGGACUAUAAAGUUCACUCCACACCCUACAUAGUUCUCUACCUUUGCCCUAGACCAAGGUUAAUAGGAGUGUACCUGGACUAUGAAGAAGGCAGAGUCUCAUUUUUUGAUGUGAAUGAGGACUUGCAUAUUUACUCUUUCACAGGGGAGUCUUUCACAGAGAAACUAUUUCCAUACUUUUAUCUACUAGGUACAUCAAAGAAGUCUGAGCCUUUACUUAUUAAGGAUUGACUUAAUUCUAAUUCACUUCCUUCAACAAUCAAAAUGAUGAAUAAUAAGAUCAAAGUUUAGAACUCAGAUGAGUGCUGCGCAAUCUGAACAUCAAAAAACACUUGGAAAUGACCAAUUUAAGAUGAAUAAUUAUGUUUAUUUUUUAAAAUAAACGUUGUGAUACUGACACAGAUACGUAACAUGAUUAAUUCAUUUAAAAUUCCAGGCUAUAAACCUUGCAAUUGUUUAUUAUGUAUUCUGUUUAUUCAGCUGUCCUGAUAUCGCAUCACAGCAUUUACAUUCGAGUGGGGUCAGGUGCACUGAAAAUCUGACCCUAGGAUCUCCUGAGUACAGCACCAUGUACGGUAGCUACCACAGCCACUUCUGUAAAAACGGAGGGAGCUUGAGGUGCAUUUAAGUGUACCUCUUAAACUCACCUGAAUGGCUAGGAGGUUUAAGUACCUUAAAAAUGUUAAAUGUAUUUCUUUCAUGUCAGUAUUUAAGUUUGAUUAAUAAUUUGGGCUCUUUUCACCAGGGUUCAUGAGCUUUAUGGACAGGGCCUGAGCUUAUGGGUAUAUGCUGUCCAGGAGGGUCAGCGUCUGUCUGUUUGUCUGAAUGCUGUUAGCCUCAGGAUGCAUAAGCUGGCAGUUUUAUGAAUGAAUUCUUUGCCUUCUGUUAUUUUGCAGGCAGCUUUUGCCCAUUACAUGAGGUUUCUGUGGAGGUACACAGCUGAGUUGAACUUGUUUACAUUGUUCAUAGUUCGUGUGAGUGGUGAAUGAGUCAUUUUCAUGUUACGCGUAUUACUCUCACGAUCAGAAGUGAAAACCGCCGAUCUAAAAGUUUUUCGUCAAUGUAGCAGUCAAUCUUGUUACAAUCAUAGAAAAUACUCACAGCUGAUUGGCUGGAGGAUAUGCAAAACUUGAAGAUUCCUGCAUGGCUCUGACGUAGUACAGAUGUUUUGUGACGUACAUUCAGAAUUCUUUCACUCUGUAGGAAUGAGCAGCAAGCUUUUUCAUCCCUCAGUGUAUAUGCAGAUAUGCCCGUACAUGAAGCAGGGAAAUUCAGUUUUGCAUGAAUUUUUGAACAAAGUGUUAUGGUGGUAUACCACUUCAGAACAAACAUGGUGUUGAUCGGAAAAACACCGGUCUGAUCAACAGUUUGACUGGACAUAUAUUUGCUCUUGAUCCUAUAAACUCAUUGACUGCCACAUAUGGUUACAUGUGAGUGUAAAUAUGCUAUUCACUGCUGUCUUGAACUGCCAUAUAUACAUAUUUUGGUUUUUCGUUUCCACGUUGCUGUUGUGUCGGUGACAAAAUGCUAGUGAUGGUAAUGUUUGUUGGUGUUGGGUUUUGUUUUUCUUGACUUGAGCUUGAUUUUCUUGUGUGUGAUAUUCCAAAUGGAAGUAGUUUAUUUAACACUGUGCAAAUGUUUUGAGCCAACAAAAUAAAAAUUCUUCCAAAGCGCCA